AUGACGAGGAACUAUGAUUAUCUCUUUAAACUCCUAUUGAUCGGUGACUCGGGUGUGGGGAAAACGAGCCUUCUUUUUCAAUUUACAGAGGAGCAGUUUAAUGCGACUUUUAUCGCAACAAUAGGCAUUGAUUUUAAGAUCCGAACCAUUGACGUUGAAGGGAAGAAGAUCAAACUUCAAAUUUGGGACACUGCUGGUCAGGAACGUUUCCGAACGAUUACGACGGCUUAUUAUCGAGGUGCUAUGGGUAUAAUGUUAGUUUAUGAUAUAACGCAGUAUCAAUCGUUUCGGAAUAUAAAACAAUGGCUUACAAAUAUUGACGAUCAUGCGAACUCAGAUGUUGAACGAAUGUUGCUUGGCAACAAAUGUGAUAUGGUCUCCCAACGGCAGGUCACUAAGGAAGAGGCUCAAGAGUUUGCCAAAAAUCACAACAUUGAAUUUCUCGAGACCAGUGCGAAGGAAGGUGAAAACGUUACAGCCGCCUUUCGAACGCUUGCUCAAGCUAUUAAAACGAAGAUGGAACAAAAAAUGAUGUCCAAAAGAUCAACAGCAAUCGACCACGGCGUUCCCUGUGGCGUUGUAAUCUUCUUUAAUCCCGUCCUUUGUCGCUUUACUCUCUUUUUUGUGUGCAGAACAAUAAGGUAUUGGGUACGUUGCCUCUCGGCUCCCAUUAUUUUGAUUGGUUAUGCAAAUUACACGGCCUUCCCUCCCCUGCUGCAACUCGCAAACACAAACGAACAAUAA